AGAUCAGCAGGUGUGCAAUUGCGUCAGGUACUCGCUAAUUGCUGCUGACUAGUCUGAACGGGCUGAGUGGAGGAGCUGCGUGGGGUCGGGAGGAGGCAUGCUCUGUGAGGCGGAAACUGCAACUCCGAGGAGGAGCUGCACCUCAAAGUAGUCCUCGGUCCGGAUUGAAGGAUUUCUUAAGCAUUGAAGGAAGAAUCAAAGCAACGUCGCAGAGGUCAUGUGUUUGUAAAACAGGAACAUGCUCUUAGUUGAUUCCUGACUCUGUGUGAAAGCAGAUGAAAAUGACAGGUUUGUGCACAAAUCUGGUUCUUCUGGCCUUCAUCUCUGCCUCUGUAGCUGAUGUUGGAGACUUCACCCCGUGCUUGCAAUUUUUCUACAAAUCCUGGCCCCCAAAGGGCCUGGCUGGGACUCCGAUCUGCCAACGUUACAACAACAUGUACCGGUUUGCCACGUUAUACAGUCGACCUCGCCGUUCAGCAUGGUUUUCAGCUUAUUUGUACUCUGUACCAACUGGGAAAAGGCCCAAAGCUUCCUGGAAAUAUGAGCCACAGUUAGCCUACCCUUCAGCAGAUGGCAACAUGGUCCCCUUCUUGCCUGGACCAGUUGACAUGAACAUCGUGGAGAGCCAAGCAGUAAACCUGGACUACAUCAACUCCACCUUCUCUCGUGGCCACCUAAACCCUAGUCUUCAUCACCAGACUUACCAGUGCCGGUCUGCCACAUUCACCCUCACCAAUGUGGUUCCUCAGAAGAGAUGGUCAAAUGAUGGACCUUGGGAAGUCCUAGAGCUUACUGUCAACAAGACCAUGGCAACCUACUGCCUUGGAGAAGCCUACAUAGUGACAGGCAUCAUGCCCUACCAGAAAGAAGAGCACUGGAUGAAGAAUCGGGUGGCAGUGCCAGAAUACCUCUGGUCUGCAUACUGCUGCCCAAAUUACAACCAGAGUAUUCCUGACAGACUGAAAGACGCCUUUCCGACCUUCGCUGCUAUUGGACGCAAUGACCCCAACAGCACAGAGGAGAUUGUUCCAAUAGACAAGACGGCUAAGAAAGAGUACAGGGGAUAUGAUGUGAAACAGAUGUCUCUAGACUCGCUUGAGAUGUACCUGAAGGACAGAUUCAAUACAGUCAUCAGUGUUUUUAAUGAACAAUGUGGUUAAUCAGAUUACAUGCUAGUAAAAAUGAUUGUUCUGAUGUGAAUUUUAUUUAACUGAAGACCUAAAACUGAUAUGCCUCGUAUUAACUAAUGUUAAUAAGAGACAUUUUCUGUCUUGUAACUUAAACUCACUGUUAACUGAGUGUCAGAAUCUCCAUCAACUGCCUGUGAUACUGUGGUUCCACCUAUAAUGACACCACAAAGUCCUUCAGACAAGGAGCUGGGAUGAUCCAACCAUCCCAGCUCCUUGUCAGAUGCUUAAUUUGCUGCAUUUUGUUUUCUUACAGAAAAUUGCUACCUUAUAAACGACGUCUGCAAACUUACCACUAGAUGGAGUCGCGGAGCUGUAUGUGUGAUGGCAUUCUCACUCAGAUUUUUUUUAUAUAUAAUUUCCUUACUGGUAAAAUGAAUAGUUGAAUGAAUAAACUUUCUGUUUAAAGAAAAAAUGUCCACUUCACUAUCUGUGAGCCUUUUUUCUACAUUAUGAGUUUGUUUGUUUUUUUGGGAGGGUGGAGGGGUUGUUUUUGGAAGAGAGGCACAGAUGCUGCACUCAAAAUAAACAUGCAGCACUCAAAGUUCA